UUAAAAAACUUUAAAAUAAAUUAUAAAUAAAAAAAAAUCAAAGAAGCCCAAUUUGACCAUUCAAAGUAGCAUCCUUUUAAUAAACCAUAUCAACUCGCAUUUGCUACAGAAGUAUAUGUCGAAGUGGCGGCAUGAAAGGAGCUCACAAUUAUCGUUAGGGCACACAACUUUAGCAACUCUGGUCCAAGAUGAAACACAUGUGAAGAAAAGGGAGAGUGGAGAGACAUGUCGGAUCUGCCAUGGGUGAGGAUCAAAACGGCAGAAUUGGGAAUGGGCCCUUUUCUUUAAUUAUUUUUGUAAUAAUUGUUUUAAGAUGAGAAGGGUAAAAUCGGGAUGAUAAAAUGUGAAUAAAUGAUGUGUUAAAUCAUAGGACAGGUGCCAACACGAAAGAGAAGGGACACACAAAAUGAGGACAUCAAAUCCGCUCCCUACAAUUACCGAUUAGAAAUAUAAUUAUGUGCUAGAAAAAGGAGAAAUUAGCAUAACACCCCAAAUGGAACUCCAAAAUAAAAAGGUAAAAAGAAUAUGAAAAAAUAAAAAAACACACACACACACAUUUCCUAACCAACAAGGUGCCUAAGGGGCAUGGUGAAGCUAUUCCAUCCCUGCAUCACCAGGUCAUGGAAAGUAUGAUUCUUUGGUUAAACUGUAAGUCUAGAAUAAUAAGCAAGCAAGCCUUUGAACCAUAAAAUCUUAGAAGAACAAAAAGUACAAAAUUGAACCAUUGGUUUACAUCUUCAACACAUCGCUCAAGUCAUUUCGAUAAUACCAUUGGAAAAAAAAAAAAAAAAACCUUUCUUGCCAGCUUGAAACAAUGAUUCAAAUUUUGUUUGCACUUGUGUUGGCCGAAAUGGCAUUGAUUCUGAGUCUUCUGUUCAGAACCCCUCUAAGGACGUUAGUGAUCGUAGGGUUAGAUCGAUCGAAGCAAGGACGGGGGCCAUUGGUGGCAAAGAGCGUGGGAGGAACUGUCCUCGUCUUCUUUAGCUCUACCCUAUAUGGUGUGUUCAGUGUUCAGAAACGUUUAACAGAGGCAGGCUUUGUCAAUCCAACUGAUGAGGUUUUAAUGGCACAUCGACUCUUAGAAGCAUCUCUUAUAGGGUUUUCUUUAUUCCUUGUACUGAUUAUAGAUAGACUACACUAUUAUAUCAAAGAGCUCAAUCUGCUCAGAAAAUUCAAUGAAGAAGUUAAGAAUCUGAAAAAUGAUUAUGAGCAAAGGAAGAAUGCUGAUGCAGAAAUGAAGAAAACAGAGAUUAAGCAACCGAAACUCCAAAAGCUGAAAUCGGAAGAAUAGGUUGGUGUGCAUACAUCAUUUACAUGGACUUGCAAAGUUUAUAUUAUUUCAUACAAGAAAAUAAUGGGAUCUCUUGUAAAUAACAUUAACACACAUAUGUAUAUAUACAAAGGUUAAUUGGAUGUGUUCGGUUUUUACUCGUUUUAUCUUGAAUUUAAAUCCAUAAAAAGAAUCUUCGUUCAAGUAAA